AUUUGUGAAUCCAACAAAACCUGUGAGAUAGACCCUGUUAAACUAAAGGAAGGUGACAACGUAGAAGUCAACAAGGAGAACCUACAGGGUUACGUCCAGAAGGUCUUUUCCUCCAUCACCCAGUCCAGUUCGAGCUGUCCCCCGCUCAUGUGUGAUGUCUUCAGGUUACUGAGACACUUGGCCUGUAAACGUUUCCCAGCCGACCCUCACGUUCAGUACUCAGCGGUGAGCAGCUUCGUUUUCUUGCGGUUCUUUGCUGUGGCUGUUUUGUCUCCACACUCCUUCCAGCUCCGCUCCCAUCAUCCUGAUCCUGAGAUUUCCCGCACGCUCACGCUCAUCUCAAAAACCAUCCAGACUCUGGGCAGCUGGGGUAGUUUGUCAAAAAAACUG